AUGCACAUAUUUGUUUCUUUCCCUCUUGAUGAUUCGGCAAACGAAGACGUUAUUUUGUCCAACAUUCGAAAAGGCCUUGGGUCUGUAGGAAAGGACUGCGAUCUGCUCACUCUUCCCAUCAUAGAAAGCGAGUCCAUUGAUUGUUUGUUUGAUGCCGAAGAAAGAGUCCUUGCGCUGGAGCGCCUUGUUGAGGACGUGAUCCGGAAGUACAUUACUUCCUACACUCUGAUCAACCCAGCGGGCAUCACAGACACCGUGGUGCUGGGGAAGAGUUUUGACCAUUUUUUGAAGUCCUUCCAGUGGGACAGCGCGAAGUAUCCGCUAUCUUCGAGGAUGUCAGAGAUCCUUGGAAGCAUGGAAGAGGAGGCGAUGGAGGCCAUGGAUGCGCUGAAAGAGAAAGAGGCUGCAUAUGCAGAGGAGAAAAAAAGAAAAGAGCAGAUCACCCACAGCAGAGAAGAUGCACAGAUAUACGACGUUGACAUAGAUGCGAUAGAAUACAGCAGCGAUGAGGAGAUAUGCGCGCCGUUUUUCAAAAAGUACUACAUCGGAGUCAACGAGAAGCUGCGAGAGAAAGACAUUGAGGCUCUAUCAGAGAUAGAUGGAUUGUUCAUAGAGUCAAGAAAACUCGUCAAAAAAUGCUCAGACGGAGAGAUAUACGAGUCACUUGGGCGCGCUGACAUCGAAGAAGAAAUCGCAAAAAACAUAGAAGAGUGCGGGUUUAUUGUAAGGAAGCCCCAGUUCACAAAAGAGGCAUACCAUCAAAAAAAAGAAAAAGACGAAGAAAUAGCACAGCACAUCAAAGAAAUGGAGUCUCUGUUUUCUGAAAUGAUCAUAGGCAGGCUGCCGCGCAUUCACACCCUUCUUCUCCACGUCAAGCACAUUGGUCUGUACAUUGAGUCUGUUCUUAGAUACGGGCUCCCAUCUAUGUUUUGUGUUUUCAUUCUUGAGAACAAAAAUAUGGCCAAGGUGAUGCAGAAGUGGAAGAAGCUGUCUGCCUCCUGGAAAUACUCUUCGCGGAUGUCCGCUGGCGAGAAGUCGUCUAUGUCCAGGAGCGCUGAGUCGAUGUACAAUUUUGUUUACAAGACGGUAGGAGAGUUUAAUCUGGAGAAGAUUGAUAGAGAAUAA